GAGCAGGGAGAAAGACCCAUUUUUCUCUCAGAGUCCAGUUUAGACCAGUUUACCUUUUUGGACGAACAGCAGAAUCUCUGUGAUGCCACCACGGAUGCUUCUUAAUGAUGUGAUAUAAGUGAUCAGCGAUCCUUCAUCCUGAGCGUCAGUCAGGGAGGCUUUCUCUGCGUUUUUCUCUCCUCUCUUGCGGUCUCUCUCGACCUACUCUCUACAUUUCCCUCCUCUGCUUCUUUGCCCCUCUCUCCCUAAUUUAUAACCCUCGACCAUGGCUCCGACCCUGGUCACGGCGUUCGCCAGACGCUGGUGGAUGGCAGUGACUUCUAUCAUUGAGAAUCUGCUCUUCUCCGCCGUGCUGCUUGGAUGGGGGUCGCUCCUCAUCAUGCUCAAGUCAGAAGGCUUCUACUCUUACCUUUGCUACGAAGAGGGCUUCAACAGUUCCAGCUACAAUCUCACCCAACUCCUGGCAACGGCGACACCCGAUGACUAUGCUGACUAUGAAAGUGAGGGAGGCGUGGUUGGUCUGGGAGACGGAGUGGAGAUGAGGCCCCUGGUCCCUAUGGAUGGGCCCCUGAGGAUGAACGGCUGGCUGAUUUGUAAAGAACAGGAUGAGAUGCUGAACCUGGCAUUUACAGUGGGCUCCUUCCUGCUCUCGGCCAUCACGCUGCCAUUGGGGAUCGUCAUGGAUAAAUAUGGACCUCGCAAACUGCGACUGCUGGGCAGCACGUGUUUUGGAUUUUCCUGUCUACUCAUUGCUUAUGGAUCCUACAACCCAAAUGAACUCUCCGUCCUUAUCUUCAUUGCCCUGACUUUCAAUGGCUUUGGGGGCAUGUGCAUGACCUUCACCUCUCUCACACUCCCGAACAUGUUCGGGGACCUUCGCUCCACCUUCAUCGCCCUGAUGAUUGGCUCCUAUGCCUCCUCCGCUGUCACCUUCCCUGGUGUCAAGGUGAUCUACGACCUUGGCAUAUCUUUCAUUUCUAUCCUGGUGGUGUGGGCUGCAUGUGCUGGACUGGUCUUCUUCAACUGCUUCUUCAACUGGCCAAUGGAGCCGUUCCCAGGACCAGAAGACAUGGACUACACUAUUAAGAUUAAGUUCAGCUGGCUGGGCUUCGACCAUAAAAUCACAGGGAAGCAGUUCUAUAACCAAGUGACCACAGUGGGACGUCGUCUAAGUGUGGGCGACAACCUGAAGCAGAAGGAGCUGGUGACUAAGGACGGAAACAAGCUCUGCCUCUCCACCAUGGACCUGGAAAUGGAGAGCAAGACAAAAGAGUCCCAGUCAUUCUUGAAAACCAUCAUCAGCCCGAUCUUCCUGCUCAGUCUGGUGACCAUGUCCGUCACUCAGCUCCGUCUCUUGUUCUACAUGGGGGCCAUGAACAGCGUGCUGGAGUCGCUCAGUGAUGGAGACCUCAACACAGUGGAAAGAAUGGAACUCGUGGGUCUGUACUCCUCCAUCUUCGGCGUACUGCAGCUGCUUUGCCUGAUGACCACUCCUGUGAUUGGUCAGAUCAUGGACUGGAAGCUGAAGGACUGUGAUGAUGGAGAGGAAGAAAAGGAGCCCUACAGAAAGGGGGAGACAAAGAUUAAGCGCAGAGACAAAAAGACCCAGAAGGUGACCAAUGCCUUGCGAGCGUUCGUCCUCACAAACGUCCUUCUAGUGGGAUUUGGGAUCACUUGUCUGGUGCCCAGUCUCCCCCUGCAGAUUGUGUCAUUUGUCUUACACACUGUGGUGAGAGGAUUCAUUCACUCAGCGGUUGGCGGCCUCUAUGCUGCUGUGUAUCCCUCCUCACAGUUUGGCAGUCUAACAGGCAUGCAGUCUCUGGUCAGUGCUGUGUUUUCUCUACUGCAGCAACCCCUGUUUCUGGCUAUGAUGGGACCCUUGGAAGGAGACCCAUUCUGGGUCAAUAUUGGGCUCUUUGGUGUCAGUAUGCUGGGCUUCUUGCUGCCUCUCUACCUGAUCUGCUACAGACAGACGCUCUACAAACAGCAACAACUAAGGGAGGACAAUGCUAAGAUCUACAUCAAAAUCAACGGCUCUGACAUCCCUGAGGCUUACGUCUAGAGAAAAGUCAAUGCAAAGAAAUGGAUAACAGAGGAUGAAGAACGAUCUUUUACUGGGAAAUUGGCAAUCCAGUCAAGGACAACUGAAAUGUUAACUAUUUAGAAUAUGACAUUUAAACCUACUGUGUAAUUGUUAUAGGUCCCCAUCGAGUACAGACACAAACAGACUCCUGUGUCAUUUUUCCAAGAUAGAACAAGAUAAACUGAUGCUGCGGUUGUCACAAAAACGGGUCAGUUGGACAGUCGCGAAGGAAGAAAGUGAAACGUGGAGGGAAAAAGAAAAAACAAGAGGAAAGACUGUGAAAGGAAAGAGGCAUGAGCCCUCUGCAUCUCCCCCCAAAGUCCUCUGACUUCUCUUUUUAUUCCCUCCUCUCUGAGCGGCACAUCAGUGCAGAUCCGUUCCACAUAAGACUGUUAUAAUAUUCCCCAAAUGAACAGAAAAGGAGAGUUUGUUUAGCUCAUGAAACAUCCUCCCUGUGACAGCAUCAAGACUGCUAAACGUCCCCCACAAAAUGACCUCACCAUUAUUAGUUAUUGUGUCAUAUGUUGACUUUGUAUCAUCCUGAUUGUAAAUGGCAUAACAUGGUGCUUUUGAUAGACGGUGUAAGGUAAGUGUGGACUGCAUGGCAUUAAUGAGCGACAGGGAGGAGAGAAGAACCUUAUUGCUGAUGUUUUAAAGAGACUAUGGGGCUGGAUUGUUUUCUUUUUUUUACCUGGCUAACAUCUUACUAUAGUCUAAAACAGGUGUAGCCUAGAAUAUACUGUAGUAUGGAUGAAUGUCCGUGUUUUUUGGGGCUGCAUUAUGAAAGAGGGACGUCAAAUAACUGCGGUAUGUUUUGCUCAAAGCAAAAUGUUCAUGUAUGUUUAGAGUAUUUAUUUUAUUUCUUGCUUUCUUUAGUUUUGUUUUUGUAUGUUAAGUUUACCGGGAUUGCCUUGUGAAUAUACUUCAUAUUUGUUCAUUGGGCAGCAUUACACAUAUCAGUUAAAAUAGUCUCCCCAUCAUGUUCUCCAUUCAGUGUAUCCAUAAAAUCUUCAUCAUACACUGUUCAGCACUUUAUACCCUGUUAACCCCUUUACAAUACAUUUCAAACACAUCACGCAGCUCAUUUCAGCACUUCUCUCCUGAUGCCUCUCUAAAAUAGUACCACUUUCAUUUUGUGCUCCUCCAACCUUCUUACAUGUAUUUAUUUCAUUUUACGUUCACUUUUCAUCCCGUAUUUAAAUCAUGCUGUGCUGACAACGCAUGUCUGAUCGUACACUGUUGUUCGCAUAGAGCUCUUCUACAGCUGAAGAUAAUGUAGAGAUGUUGUAUUGUUGGCGUACAUUUUUGAAAAUGGAAGAAUUUGUGGGGGUUAAUAAAGAUGACUUGAUCUCUUUAA